GUGAAUUCUGCUCCUGAUAAGCUGGAUGAGUUUGUCAACAUUAUCAAUACACACCUCCAGCCACUGUUUAUGCAGAUCAGAAAGGGGAUGUCCGAGGAAGAUGGCCAGCAGUAUUAUGCUCUGAUGGACCUGAUUGCUGAAUCUGAAAACGGAACGGCCUGCUCCACAGACUAUUUAAACCUGGCACAUAAACUCCAGUCAAAGAAAAUGAAAAAGAAAGAAGUAGAAGUGGUUCUUCAAAGGCUGGUCGUAGACAAGUGGCUCUGUGAGAAAAAUGGAGAUGGACAGUACAUACAGAAUAUGUACCAGGAUCUAGUCAAACUGGGUAACACCUGUCACAACACCGCAAUACAGGGCAAUCCUGGAGUAGCUAAAGGAGAACUGGUAUAG